AUGAAAAAGUGUCCGGAAUACAUGGACCGCAAGGUGUUCGAAUUCGGGACGGAGAAUGAGGGCCCAGGACCUGCAGCAUACGGGGCCCGGACGACGGUGGGUCGCCUGAACCGAUUGCCAACCGUAACCGGUGCACCAGCGUGCUCGGUGCAUCAGCGACUGGACUUAGGCAACGAGACCGAGGGGCCAGGGCCGGCAGUGUACAAUCUGGCGCAGCUGACGUACCGUGGUCGAGCCGUGGCGCCACGGUACAGCAUUGCCAAGAAACUGCCUUUCGACGGCGAUCUGGACAACCCGGGACCAGCGGCGUACAAGCCUAGAGUCCCGGUCAAGGGUCCGGUACCUAAGAUGCUGUUUCGGAUAAUCCACCCGGAUCCCAGAGCCGACAACCCUGGGUCCAACGUUUACAAGUUGCCGUCAACACUGUCAAGAAAAAAGAUUACGCUGGCCAAGAAAAUCGACGAUCUCAUAGACAUCAAAUCACCCGGUCCGGUAUAUCCAACUGUGCCUUUAAACAAAUACAAAACGAAAGCGCCCCAAUAUAGUCUGCCGAAGAAAAUUGAAAACCCUCUGUUGGUCAACGAGAUGAAUGGCCAAUCGCCAAGCCCGCAGGCAUACAAUCCAACGCUCAAGUACAAGUACAAAGUUAUGCCGAAGUUUUCGUUUGGGAUGCGGCGACCCGAUAAAUUUCCACCAUUAGUGGUGUGUGGCGACGAUGUUCAAAAACGAAAAUAA